AUAAUGAGGAGAUCAUCUUCAUUAGCAGCCAUAGCUGACAAGGUUUCUUGGAUCAUCGCCGUGGCCUUAGUAAGCCUGCUAUUGGUGGCCGGAAUGAGAAGAGGGAUCGGUUGUUAUGAGGAGGAGGAGGCGGCGGCGGAAGACACGGCGGCGGCGGCGAUGAGGAGAGGGAAGGUGCAGGUCAUGUGCGAGGAGAUAUAUGUAGUGGGAGAGGGAGAGACUUUGCACACCAUUAGCGAUAAGUGCGGCGACCCUUUUAUCGUGGAAGAGAACCCACAUAUCCACGACCCAGAUGACGUCUUCCCCGGACUUGUUAUCAAGAUCACUCCUCAUUCAGAUUCUUCAAGGUUUAUCACAAAUAAUUACUAAAAAUCUCCUCAUCACUAAAUAUAUAUCAUAAAUUCAUAAUCUAUCUGUAUAUGUGAAAAAUGAUGAGUUUCCAUCUUCUGGU